GGCCCCGCCGCAGAGGCGCCCCGUCGGCGCCGGGGGCCAGGGCGGCCUCUCCCCUCCUUCCGGUCCGGGCGGCGCGCACGGUCACGUGGCAGGAGGGCGGCGGCGCGCGCGGUGCGGAGGCUCGGCGCCAGAUAACCUGUUUUUCCUUAUGUUAUAUAAGCAUCUGGCUGAUGAGCAGGGUGGUGAGGCCGCCGAGUGAGGCAGAGGUGCAGACCUGGGAAACGGAGGACGAUGACAUGGCAGAAGGCGACUUAGGGUAUGGCCUCGGAAGAAGGCCCGGCGGUAUUUAUGAAGUACAAGUUUCACACCUAUCGACGUCGAGGAAAAGAUCUGAUGGCAAGAACUUUAGCCCUCCCCCAUUUCCAGGAAAGGGGGAAGAAAGAAGUGCUGCCAUUUGUCAGUACUCCAGGCAUAAGAGCUUGCAAGAUACAUACCCUGAAGAGUCCAGAACUUCCCACUAUGGACGACAAAGUAGCUGUGAUUCUAAUUCAGAAUUGUCAAAUGUAGAAUUAAAGCAGCGUCUUCAUGAUACUUUAGAGGAGGUAGAAAUUUUAAAAACUGAACUGGAGGCAUCUCAAAGACAACUUGAAGGUAAAGAGGAAGCACUGAAAAUUCUUCAGAGCAUGGCAAUAUUUGGCAAAGCCACAAGUCACACCCAAAUGAUGCUUCAAAAAACUAUGGAACAAAAGAGAUCCUUGGAGAAGGAAAUAAAUGCCUUGCAGUGGGAAAUUGAGUUUGAUCAGAAUAGAUUUAAAAAUAUAGAGGAAUCAUGGACCCAAAAAUAUGACAGGCUAAACUGUGAAAAUGCAGUCCUCCAAGAAACUUUGAAUGUAAAAACAGAAGAAAUUAAAAUGCUCAAGUCGGAAAAUGCACUUUUAAAUCAACAGUAUUUGGAGGCCCUCGCCAUGCUUGAUGUCAAACAGCAGAUGGUGGCUCUGGAAAACGUGCGCCAUGAUAAAAGUGGUUUUACAGAGGUUUCAGGUCUUGAGCUUGCUGUCCUUGGAGCUUGCCUUUGCCAUGGCCCUGGAGGGAGUCCCUGUGCCUGUGCCAAAAUGGCAGCAUCUGCUCGCAAAAUGCUUCUUAAGCUCAAACAGGAGUUGGGACUUUUGCAGAAGAGUAAAGAAGAAGCUUACAUAAUGGCAGAUGCAUUCAGAAUUGCAUUUGAGCAACAAUUAAUGAGGAAAAAUGACCAGACACUAAGAUUGACACAAAUGGAUAAAAUGUAUAAAAAAGCAACAAAAUGGAUAAAUUGGAAGCACCUUAAAGAGGAUGGAUUACCAUCACACGGAAAUAAGAAGACCUUAGGGCAGCGACUGCUGGGGAUGCUCCCUUCAGAAAACAGUUCUAAGAAGACUGAUGACCAGAAUAACCCUCAGGAAGUCUUUAAGAUACUAACAGAGUUGUUGAAUGAUAAGGAAGAAGCUCUGGCUCAUCAAAGAAAAGUUAGUUACAUGCUUGCUCGGGCACUGGAAGAGAAAGACACCACCUCAAAUGAGAAUAAAGAAAAAAGUCCCAUGAAAGACAAUUUUCCAUCAAAAAACCUCUGGGGGAGAUCUCCAGAAUUCCCUGAACUGCAUGAUUCUGUAUAUUCAAGUGUUCAAAUUUUAAAUUCUGCGGGCUGCAUUUGUUCAAUCCAGCACCUUCACAGAGAUCAAAGCGGCACAAGAGCUCUCAGAAGAUCCUGUUCUUUGCCAUCAAAUACCAUGUUUUGAAAAUAAACCAGCUGAAAUCAGAA